ACGGCGAUGCCCAUCGCUUCCAGAGUCAGGGGCCUGCAUCCCCGACACCACCACUCCAGCUCCUGCAGCCCUUUGAGUCAGCUCUUGCCUGGCUCCGCGGAGCCACCACCGUCCCUCAAGGGCCUCUACUACCGCAGGGCCCGGAAGGUGGGCGCGCUGGAUGCCUCCCCGACGGCAGACCUGAAGAAAGAGGUCCUGGUGAAUGUCGGGGGCAGGAGGUACGUUCUCCCCUGGAGCACGCUGGAUGAGUUUCCCCUGAGCCGCCUGAGCAAGCUCAAGUUCUGCCGGAACCAGGAGGAGAUCGCGCAGCUCUGUGACGACUACGACGAGGACAGCCAGGAGUUCUUCUUCGACAGGAGCCCCAGCGCCUUCGGGAUGAUCGUGAGCUUCCUGGCGGCCGGCAAGCUGGCCCUCCUGCGGGAGAUGUGCGUGCUGUCCUUCCAGGAGGAGCUGACCUACUGGGGGAUCGAAGAAGCCAACCUGGAGAAAUGCUGCCUGCGGAAGCUGCUGAAGAAGCUGGAGGAGCUGGCCGAGCUGCGCAGGGAGGAGGACCUGCAGCGGCAGAGGGAGGCGCGGGGCCCCGCGGCGGACCCCUCGCGCUGGGGGCUCUUCAUGAACUGGCUGCGGGAGGUGGUGGAGAACCCACAGUCGGGGCUGCCUGGGAAGGUCUUCGCUUGUCUGUCCAUCCUCUUCGUAGCCACCACAGCGGUCAGCCUGUGUGUCAGCACCAUGCCCGACAUGAGGGCUGAGGACGACAAGGGUGAGUGCUCUCAGAAGUGCUACUAUAUUUUCAUCGUGGAGACCGUCUGCGUGGCGUGGUUUUCUCUGGAGUUCUGCCUGCGGUUUGUUCAGGCCCAGAACAAGUGCCAGUUCUUCCAAGGGCCGUUGAACAUCAUCGACAUCCUGGCCCUCUCCCCCUAUUACGUGUCCCUGGCGGUGUCUGAGGAGCCCAAGGAGGAUGACGACAGGCCUAGCGGGAGCUCGUACCUGGAGAAGGUGGGGCUGGUGCUGCGCGUGCUGAGGGCGCUGCGCAUCCUCUACGUGAUGCGCCUGGCCCGCCACUCGCUGGGGCUGCAGACUCUGGGCCUCACCGUGCGCCGCUGCACGCGUGAGUUCGGCCUGCUCCUCCUCUUCCUCUGCGUGGCCAUCACGCUUUUCUCCCCUCUGGUCUACGUGGCCGAGAAUGAGUCCGGGCGGGUCCUGGAGUUCACCAGCAUCCCGGCCUCCUACUGGUGGGCCAUCAUCUCCAUGACAACGGUGGGCUACGGAGACAUGGUGCCCCGCAGCGUGCCGGGCCAGAUGGUGGCCCUUAGCAGCAUCCUGAGUGGGAUCCUCAUCAUGGCCUUCCCAGCCACGUCCAUCUUCCACACCUUCUCGCACUCCUACCUGGAGCUCAAGAAAGAGCAGGAGCAGCUCCAGGCCCGCCUCCGCCGCCUGCAAAACGCCACCACAGCCAGUGAACACGAACUCCUGAAAGAUAUGGAUGACCUGGUCCUGGAGGACCCCACCUCCCCCAUCAGAUACCUUUAA